AUGGUGGGUUCUUCCAAGAUCAGAACGGCAGCAGCAUUAGUAGGGGGUGUGGCAGUAAUUGGUGCCCUUUUGUACUAUUUAUUCCGAGAUGACUCUUCUGAAAAUAAGGAUGAGUCUAAAACUUUAGUUCAAGCUACAGUAACAGACGAUAUACCGGAGAAUCCUGUAAAAGGAUCGCUUGAUACUUUUACUAGAGAAGACAUGUUAUUGUUGCUUAAUGAGAUUCUAGAGAGCCAAAACUCUUUAAAAAAAAUAAUGCGCUCUUUAACUGGAGACUUCAUUGCAGAUCCCCCAAAAUCUCUUCAGGAUUGUUAUGACAAAGUUAAAGAUGCGUCUCCUCAAGACCCGUUAGAUAAGAGGAAAAUUUCUCUAGUGGACUUUGACCGUUUGGUAGAACGUUUUUAUAAUGACGAGGGUAUAAGUAGCGCAAUAGAAAAGAUCAUGGGGAUUCACGGGCCAACUUCUAUGACGGAACGAGCAGGAAAUAUAAGUAGUGAACAGCUCAUAAAAGUUAAUGAAUUCAUGUUAAAAGAACUAAGGGAAUUCGUAGACCAAUACAUUUUUAUAGCUAAUAAAGAUCAAUUUGAUGUUAAAACCUUAACUAUUGCCGCACAGGUUUGGGUAGGCUCUAAAGUUGAGAAACAGUUUAACUUGAGUUCUGACGAAAUUGAAGCCGCAAUGCUGCUUCAUUCACAAACUCUUCGUAAUGAUCCGGAUUUUGGACGAAUUAGUUUCCAAAUGCAGGCUACUAUGGAGCAGCUGCUUGGUUCUCCUGCACCAGCAAACCUUCCUUUUUCAAUAUGA